GGUUCGAAACUCCUCAAGGAAAUACAAGCCUCUGCUUUUUCCAUCGCGGACGGAAGUUCGAAACUCCCCAAUCUCACUUUCGCGCACCGAUCACCAUGGAAGCCGCUCGUAAACGGCGAGGAAGGAGAGAGCCACCGGCGCCGGCGGCCGAUCCGAACGAGGACGGGAGCUCGAUGCGAGCCGUCGAGCAAGACGCGACGCCGUUGCUGAAGUAUCGCCGGAGCAAUCCCGGGGUCCGCGUCUGGCCGUUCGAUCGCUCCGUCGAGAAUCACUUCAGGGCGGUGGACUUGGCCGCGGAGCUCUGCGGCGAAGCACGCGUCGGCGCUCUCGACGAUGGCGAGGUCGCGAGGUUGGCCUCUUCGAUCGCUUUCUCAAGUGCUGCCAACGUGGAAUGGAGAUUCUUGAACUAUGAACCAGGGGUUAUCAAAUUUGCUAAGGAAACACGGAGUUUGCAGGAACAGGAUGCUGGCAUUGAGGUAACCUUGCCACCUUUCUCGUCUGCAGCUGUUCCUCAGGAUUCUCUGGAAGCUAAGUCGCUAGACACUCAAGCAACCAAAAUGGUCGUUCCUAAGGAUAAUGGACCCCACGCAGGAUGGAACAGCAAAGAUUUUGUCGUUUAUGUUGGAGGUUCAGUUUGGGCUCUGGAUUGGUGUCCCAGAGUUUGCCACAGAUCUGAAUAUCAGGCUAAAAAUGAGUUCAUAGCUGUCGCUGCUCAUCCUUGGGGAUCUUCUCAGCACAAAUUAGGUGCCCCACUUACUGGCAGAGGUGACAUUCAAAUAUGGUCUCUUCUUAACGUAUGUGGAGAUGAGGAAGAGGCGUCUUUAGCGGAAAAGCCUAGACAAAGGCGUGUAAAUUCACAAUCCCUAAAAGAGAAAUCAUCUCAGCCCCCAAGACCUAAGGGAAGACCUAGAAAGAAGCCCUUAGAAAGACCUUCUGAUGACUUGAAUUGCAACAGUCAAUUUGGUCAGGCUCUUGCAGGUGACUUUCUGGAGAAGACACCAGUAUCAUAUACUUUAGAUGGGGUUUCUGGGGUUCUCAGUGCCCAAGUUACAGGGAAAGAUUCUGGCCAAAAACAAAGAAGUAGAGAAGCAGCAGGAUCCCCAAAUACUAGUAGAAGGUUAAAUAAUGUCGGUGGUGUGGAAAGCUGUCAUGUCGAUGAACCUGUGUCAAUAAUGACGGAAAAUGAGGAAAGAUUCUUGCCCUGUAUAAAUCAGCAAGGUCAAUCUGACUUCAGAGAGUGUUCUGCAGCGAGUAAUGCUGUUGGAUGUAAUAGCAGAUCGAGCUCGGGUACUUUAAUAUCGGAGGAUGUCGCCGCACCAAGGUUGGUGUUUUGCCUUGCUCACAGUGGUAAAGUUGCGUGGGACGUGAAAUGGCGGCCAUCUGAUAUGCAUGAAACCAAAUGCACACAUCUGAUGGGCUAUCUGGCCGUUCUGCUGGGGAAUGGGUCUCUAGAAGUGUGGGAGGUUCCACUGCCUCAAACAGUGAAAGUUAUUUAUUCUCUUACUCAAAGGGAGGAUACUGAUCCUCGCUUUGUAAAACUGGAGCCAGUAUUUAGAUGCUCAACACUUAAAUCUGGUGGCAUACAGAGCAUCCCGCUGUCUGUGGAAUGGUCGACUGCUCACCCGCAUGAAUACUUGCUUGUCGGGUGCCAUGAUGGAACGGUAGCUUUGUGGAAAUUCUUUGCAAGUAAUUCAUCCAAAGAUACAAGGCCUUUGCUUCGUUUCACUGCAGAUACAGUUCCUGUCAGAGCAGUUGGUUGGGCCCCUUUUGGAAGUGAUCUUGAGAGUGUAAAUGUCAUAGUCACUGCUGGACAUGGAGGCAUCAAGUUCUGGGACAUGCGUGAUCCAUUUCAUCCCUUGUGGCACAUUCAUUCGGCGCCGAGGAAUAUCCUUAGCCUUGAUUGGCUGCCAGAUCCUAGAUGUGUUCUUUUAUCAUUUGAUGAUGGAACAGUGAGAUUUCUUAGCUUGUCAAGGUCUGCAUAUGAUGGUCCUCUCACUGGAAAACCUCUCUGUGGCACGAAACAAGGGUUGCAUACAUUGUACUGUUCAUCCUUUGCCAUCUGGAGUGUUCACGUCUCAAGACAUACUGGGAUGGUUGCCUAUAGUAGUGCUGAUGGGAACGUUUGCCAAUUCCAGCUCACCUCCAAGGCAGUGGACAAGGAUCCAUCACGACAUCGGGCCCCACAUUUCCUCUGUGCAUCUGUCGCAGAGGGGGGUUCAGCCAUUGUACUUAACAUGUCGCCAUCAGAUACACCCAUCACACUUGGAAAAUCACUUAAGGGGACCCCAAGUUCUACACGCGAAAUGUUAUCUGCAUCUCCCGAGGUGGAAGAAGCCAUGGAAAAUGAGGAGGAAGGACCAGCUCCAGAUGAGCAAACACUAGCACUGUGCUAUGGCGAUGAUCCAAGCGUGGAAUCGGGAUGGGAGGAGACAUUGGCAUCUUUCAAGAGCAAGAAGAACAAAAAGUCUGGAAAACUCAAUAAGAUUAAGCCUCGAGUCGAGAUGCAGAAAUACAAAGAGCCAGAGACGGCUCAUGAGGGAGCACCAAAGGCGGUUACUUGGAGUGAGUUUGAGACUUUCCCUCCUAAGAUUGUGGCGAUGCACAGAGUGAGAUGGAACAUGAAUAAAGGCAGCGAGAGAUGGUUAUGCUCCGGUGGUGCUGCCGGAAUAGUAAGGUGUCAAGAGAUAGAUAUGUCGAGUACAGAUCGAAAGUCAAAACGGAAAUGAGGAAACAGAGAUUUUCACCAGCGUGGUAAAUUUGAGGCUAUAUAUUUAGUUUUCGGUCCUCAUGCAAAUAUUUAUAUUGGGAAUCAACCAGUAAGUUUCUGAUGAGAACAAUUCAUGAUGCAAAGGCGACGUGGGAUAUACCAUGAA